ACUGAAGGUCAGCGGUUGGGCUUGGAGCGUUGGCUCGAGGUUCUAUAUAAGUUGGGAUGUCUGUUCCCAAACAUCAUCAGUUACCUCACGAAUCUUCUCAAGCAAUCAGCAGCAUUCGCUUCAAAUAUACCAAUAUCAAAAUGUUCAAAUUCAUCGCCGUCGUUGCUCUCCUGGUCGCCACCGCCAGCGCUGGUCUGAUCGAGACUCACCAUGUGGUGCACGAGCCCGUCCUGGCCAAGGUUGGAUCCGUAGUUCACUCAGCUCCCUCGGCGGUUUCCCACCAGAGCAUCACCCAGGUGCACAGCAAGGCGGUGGUGCAGCCCGUGGUUGCUCCCAUCGUGAAGACCACCACCUACUCCCAUCCCGCCGUUGCCGUCCACGCUGCUCCAGUGGUUCACUCCGUGCCCGUUGUCCACGCCGCUCCAGUGGUUCACUCCGUUCACUCCGCUCCUGUAGUGCACUCUGUGCCUCUGGUCCACUCUGCUCCCCUCGUCAAGUCGGUGGUGCACUCCGCUCCUCUGGCCUACACCCUGCACCACUAAAGCCUGUAAAUUCUUUGUUUGUUAACCGAUUAUAUAAAAGUAAAAUAAAAUUCUGAAAAGUAUUAUUGAUCCUAAA